GAUGCGGCAGAAUGCGGUACCGGUCUUUGCGUGAACAACACAGUCUGCUGCCCUGGUGAACGGGAAUGCUGCAGCGACAUUGACCUUUGCUGCGGCCAGCACUGCUGUCUCCAUGGUUACGAGUGUUGCCAAGGAAGUUCACGCUGUUGCCAAUCAUCAGAAAGCUGCUGUGGGGAUUCCCUGUGUUGCCCAAAUGGAACAAACUGCUGUUCAGAUAAAAAACGCUGUUGCCCGGCCGGAUAUACAUGUUGCACCGGAAGUGACGGGUGUUGCCCCGAGCAAGCGCAAUGCUGCGGCGAUUACUGCUGCUCCAGUGACAUGCUGUGCUGUCCGGACGCCUCUGGGUGCUAUAAGGAGGGGUUUCGUUGCUGUGGCAACGGACUGGCGUGCCUGGAAACCACGCAGUGCUGUGGGCUGGAAUGCUGCGGGGACGGGUUCGAAUGCUUUGAUGGCGGUUGUUAUGAAAUAAACAUAACGACAUCAACAACAGCAGAAACAACACCAACAUCGUUAUCAACAUUAACUACAACAAACGCGACGACAACAGCCAAGUCCUCCCCGUCACCGACAGUGUAUCCAUCAAGUACCGACUUUACGGAAAAUCCCGGAAAAUACCGAACGCCAAUUGCAGAGACGAUGAUUGCUACGGCCGUGACGGAAAUUAACGUUACAUGGGCUUACGUCGUCUUCCCAUUGGUUGCGAUUGGAGUCAUUCUUAUUCUACUUGCCGUCUGUUUUGUUAUUUCAUCAAGGACCGGGUCAUACUCGCCAAACGGCUUCAGUAGUAAGGUGAGCGCCUACGUGAUCAAGAUGAAGACACUUGUGUACGGACCUGCCAAGGAAUAGUAUGGGAAUCGUAUGGCAUGGAAACAUCCGAGUGCUAAUAAAAAACGCUAUUUAACUAUGAUUAAUUGUGUCUCUUUCUGUUAAAAGUGGGCUUUAUUCAUAAGCGUAAAGUGUCGUCCCAUAUAAGCCUGUGUAGUUCACAGAGGCUAGUCUCUGAUGACACUUUCCACAUAAGCUGGAUUUUUGUUUAGAAGAGACUUCCUUUAAACGAUAAAUUUUAAGGUCGCCGUGGUGUAAUGGAUAUGGUGUCCGCCUAGCGACCGGGAGGUCACGGGUUCGAUCCCCGCUGUGGGAGCGUUCUUUCGAUCUCCCAUAUAGACACCAAGUACUGGUUCUAGGCCCAGGAAACGGACUCGAGAGCAUUUCAAAUAAGUAGGAACUACUUUCUAUGCAAUCGAGCUAAAAUAAAUAGGUUUAAACUAAACGAUAAAUUCCAUUACAGCGGAAAGUAUUGUCCAUGAUUAGCUUGUGCGGACAGCACAGGCUAAUUUUAAACGAUACUUUACGCACAUGCAUCAUUUCCCGUUUUCCCAUGGAGAGGCGCCAUCCUGUAUUCUUUACAAGCACUGCUGGACCACGUAAAAGUACCCACGAUUACAGUUUGCAGACAAAAUUGGAUCUCGUUUCAAUAAUAAAUUUAUUAAGGAUGGAUAAAUUCUUAGUUUAUAGUUUGUGCUGCUUUUUAGUUGGAAAUUCACAAAAUUUUAUCAAAAUGCAUGUGUUUUGGAAAAUGAAUCAUGGUUAUCAAAAACAAAUGGCGAAUUCGUUGGGAUGGGAACAUGCAAAUCUAGUAUUGAAAUAAUGAUCAUAAAACUAGUGCUGCAUUUAGUACGAACAUGCGGUAUUUAAAGUAAAGCCAAUAUUUAACAGCUAAGUAGCUUCAUGAUUAAUUAAAAGCGCCGGCUUCAUAGACAUGUAAUCAAAAUCAUUAAUUAAAAAUGAUAACUUUGUUUGGAACUUACAUAUAAACGGUGUGCUAGGUUUUUCACUUUCGAGUUCAGUUUUGAGAAAUGGUGCGUCUUAAAAUUCUAGUUAUCGCUGGAUAUACAUAUAAAUGCUCUGCUAAAUGCAAACAACAUUAUAUUUUCUUAUAUAUCUUUUGUUGUUGUUAAAUAUAUAUGUAUACAUAAGGUUUCUCACAUGUGUAAUCAUUUCAAAAAUAAUUAUAUGUUGUAGAAAAAUUAAUUGUAUUCUUCGGUGGAUCACUCUGAAUUCCAAUAUGUACAGUUGCCCAAUAUAAUGGGACCUAUUAUACUUACGAAUGUAAAUUGUUAACUCUUUGAAUGUAAUGAAAGUAACCACACAUUAAUUAAAGUGACAAAUGUUUUGUUUGUGAGAAAUGAAUGGUUGCGUUAGUCUAGAUGGUUUUGUUGUGAAAGUUUCAAAUAUCAUUUUAAAACAAAACAAGCAUUUGAGGAAAUUAGCUUACACGUCCUUUUAUAUUAUUUGUGUGAAUAGGUAAAACUGAUUGCGUUAUUUUUUAUACAACCAUCCUUGAUAAAAAUGGUCUUAUCUAAGACGUAUCUAUGACGAAAUAUUUCACUAUUGUUUUUAUCGCAUUUCUGUGUCAGUGUUUUUUGUUUGUUAACAUAAC